AUGAUUCGCAAAACGGUCACUUGGAUAUGUUUGACGCUUCUGAUGAUCAUGUGCUCCGGGCUCGUUAUCCGGCGGGCGCGUCACUCCGAAGGUCCAGUAGAGGAACACCUCCCCGACGAUGUUGAAAGCUUGGGUGACAUGAGACCGACUCCGUUUAAGAUCCAUGGUUAG